AUUGGACUAUUAUCAUAGAAGUAUCAUCCCGAUAUCAUCACUAAUUGGCUUUCAUUAUUAAAAAUCUAACAGAUUUAAUUUUAGCGAAGCAGUCUCGAAUGUGUAACUACAAUGGCAGAGGCGGAGUUCGUGAUACCGACAAUUGACAUAUCUCCGUUCCUUAACGACCCAUCCUCGGCGGAAUCUGCCCGGGUAGUUGAGGAGGUACGACAAGCUUGUGUUACGAGUGGUUUCUUUCAAAUCGUCAACCAUGGAGUACCGAAAGAAUUGCAGGAUGCUGUCUUCAAGGCUGCCGAGACAUUCUUCGCGCUCCCGCUUGAAGAAAAGAAAAAACUACGACCGCCUAUUCUAAAGAAUAGAGGUUAUGAACUCAUCGGAUCUCAGGCUUUGCAAGAGGGUUCUUUGCCCGAUUUAAAGGAGGGCUUCUUCGUCGGCCAACAUAUCCCAGCCUCGGAUCCACGAUCACAAGCCCACCCCUAUUUAAUUGGGCCAAACAUCUUCCCGGACAGUCUCCCAGACGCCGCACUCAAGAUCCCGACGGAGACGUACUACAGUACCAUAUUUGACUUAUCGUGCCGAAUCAUGGGUAUCUUGGCGCGAGGACUACCAUACGGCAAUGAUAUCUUUGUUCCCUUCAUCUCGGGAGAUCCCGUCUGCGCUAUUCGCUUGUUGCACUACCCGCCACAGGAUUCGACAGAUUCGCGGCAAUUAGGAGCCGGCGCGCAUACGGAUUUUGGUGCUAUCACCCUCCUCCUCCAAGACUCGGCAGGCGGUCUCGAGGUCCUAAACCCAAACACACAAUCUUGGGUCAGCGUAACGCCGAACCCAGACGCAUACGUAGUCAACAUCGGCGAUAUGCUAUCAUUCUGGACGCGUGGCGCAUAUCGGAGCACUAUACACCGCGUCGUGAACCGCAGUGGGAAAGAUCGGUACUCGGUGCCGUUUUUCUUUGAUGGGAAUACGGAUGUGGAGUUGGCGCCGCUGGAUGGUAGUGGUGGUGGAGACGGAGUGAAGAAGGCUUUGACAGCUGAAGAACAUAUGUUGGAGCGAUAUGGUACGACAUAUGGGAGGGUGGGGAAUGAUGAUACUAGAGGUGCGGCUGCGGCUGUUGCUCCUGUUGCGUAAGGUAGAUGAGGGACUUGUGUGGCUAUUAAGCUGGCCACCAAGGAGAAAAUAUCACUGAUAACUACCCAAA